AUGGCCCGCUUCACCGUAGACACGGGUGAUGCACUAGCUGCGCAGUCGCACGAAGCGAUCAUGUCGUCGCUGUUUACAAGCACGCAAACCGACGCCGUCAAGGCGUUCCUGUCUGAAUUCGUCCAAAUCACACUGCUUGGGCGUGGCGGCAUUUUGUUUUCUGCAACGUCGUCGAGUGUGCGAAAGGCGCUUGGAGGACAAUACCUGUCCAUCCUGGGAAAGCGCUACCUCAUCCCAGUGCAGGAGGAACACCCCCUAGACUCUCUGUGCUACAUGGAUGUCACGGGCAUCCGGGACAACCUUGAUGCCACGCAAUUCUAUCGCAAGCUGACCCAGCUUGGCGUGGAUGUCGCAUAUCAAAGCCAUCGCGCGGUCAUUCCUGGAACGGGCUGCCAUACGAACGCGUGGCGAGUUUACUUCGCGGAUGGGUCAAUCCCGAAGGAACUCAUGAUCCACGGCGUGUCCAUCAACCAAAUCAAAUAUCAAAAAUUCGAUCACCGGGUCUAUUUUAAAGGCACAAAAGGGACGCCUUUCCACGGUGCAAACGGUGUAUCUCUACACUGCUUAGAUCUCGAAGUUAAACGUACCCGAGACACGUCGAUGGAACAGCACCCCGACAUCGAUACGGCGACUCAACCAGCACCCCCUUGUCGAGUUGACCUAGAUUCUAACGCGUCGAAAAAGCCGAAAAACGACACGACCGUAAGUCAACCGAACUCGCGUCGUACAGCAGCGGAGAGGACACACCCGAACGUUGCCCACACUUCUUGUGUAUUUGCAUCGUCCCUUCAGCGCUCCAUCGUAGGCACGGAGGCGACGAGUAUGUCCACGCCUGAGCCUCAUGAGCACAUUGAUGUCUACGAGGACGACGGUGAGAUCGGCGAGAUGGAUAUCGACGACUCCAAGGACACACAUUUAUUCAUGGAGGUGGACCAACCGUACCAGGUGGUCCAGCGUCGUGGCAAACGCAAGGAGCGGACGCGCACAGCGCUGAAAAACCUGGAGGACUUUGCGACACCGAACUUUUUUGACGUCCUCCGACGCAACAACGGAGGUUUUCGGGUCGUGCAGUGGAGGGAAAAGCAGGAUAUCGUCACAAUUGUCCCCACCUUUCAGCGUCAAUUCUUGUCAGAGGAGGACCGUAAGGAGUGCAUCGCGACGUACCCACAAGUCGGAAAUGCACUAUUCUUUGACGUUGAGACAAUGUCAAUUGAGCGCCUACACGAAAUCCUUGAGACGUCCAUUCAACAGCUGCACCACGAAGAGCUCGAGGAUAUAGAUCGCACCUUUAGCGACGCAGCAGCGGACACCCACAACGAUCUCACGGGGUAUAUUUCCAAGGGUUAG